UACAGUACAUUUCUGGAAACUAACUUAUUUUCUUUUACAGUGUAGUUGAAAAACACAUAACGGAUGCAGCUUGAAGGACAGCGUCACCACAGAGGGGACAAGCUGCCUCCUCCUGCAGCAGUUGUCAUCAUCAGUACCAGAGCAACCAGUGCUGGCACUCUCAUAAAGAAACUCCACUGGGCGUCUGACUGUGUUUGAUUGUGCCAGAUUGUUACUGAGCAGUCCACAGCCAGAAACACAAAAAACAAGGCUUCCCGCGAUUAAACCGAACGGAAAUCUACCGAGUGUUUCCCUGCUUCUCCUCAUGCUGAGCAGGACUGGUAAUGGAGCUGUCUUGUGAGUCAGUGAGAUAUUCUGAGGACAGAAGACCGGCCAGUUGCAAGUUUGUGGAGCUCCAUGUGCUGUAUGUGCCAGAUGACCAGUGGAAUGUGAAGCUCAAUAAAGUCCCUGCUGAAGCCAUAGAGAGCUUCAUAUCGGCUGGCUUCAUCAGAGUUUAUCCUGAUGUCACCCUGAAAACUCUGAGGAGCGAGCUGGGACCUCUGCUCGGCGCUGAGAGGAGCAUCGACAAAUUCUCCUUCCUGAAAUGUGUGGGGCGCAGUCUGGCACUGGUCAAAAGCAAACAGGAGAGGGAUUUGAAAGUGAAAACAUUUGCUCCACCGUAUGCCCCACAGCCGGAGCUUUACCUGCUGCCCGCUGUGGAGAACGACAGCAGUGUCUGCUCUCAGUCUGUCAGUCCAGACACCAGCAGCAGCUCCCCAGACCACCAGACCUAUUACCACCCUCCCAAGACAUGCAGCCUGCCAGCAGGAACAAAGGAGCCAGUUAAAUUCCCCCUCAUCCCCCAGUGUUCCCAUCAGCCACCUCCCACCCCCAGCCUGGAAGAAGAAGAAGAGGAGGAGGAGGAGGAGGAGGAGGAGGAGGAAGAUGAGGAGCAGAGCUAUAGUUCUUCAAUGGCAGAAGGAGAAAAUGAAGAGGAGGGUCUGUCUUCCAACAAGUUAGAGUGGGCGGUGCAGGAAUGUUGCCCAAGGAAGCCUCAGACUCAAAGGGCACCACAGCCUGCUUCACAUAAUAAAGCUUUACAACGGUGUGAAGAGGAUUCAGCUCAGGUGAAGGAGACAACAGAGAACGUAGAUACCUGCCGAAAGAAGAAACAGUACCACAGACAGAACAGAGCGGCCAGAGAAUCAGGAGUGGCCGCGUCACUGGAGGACAGAGACUCAGGAUUCUCCAUCACAGACGGGCUUGGGAAAUCAAAAGAUGUACAUGCACUUAAGUCCAUCAGGAACAAAGCAACAAGUGGGGUGACAGCUGGGUUGUCUCAGCCUGUUGGGCCCACCUCUCCACCUCACGGACUAGACUUGACCGUGGUCACUCAAAAAUUAACCACCUCUCACAUCUUUCACACAAACAGAGAGGAACUGAUCGAAGAAAUCAAGCUGGUUAAGGAGGAGAGAAAGCAGCUGGAGUGGACGAGGCAGGAGCUCCUGAGAAAGGGGAAAGAUUUGUUGGCUCAAAACAGACACCGCAGGAACCAAGCACGGGACAGUUGGAAGAAGAAAUAUUUUGAAACCAAGAAGGCCACAGCACCACUGGAGGAAAAUCUGAGAAACUUACGACAGGAGUUGGAGACAUUUUACAACAAACUGUUGCACCAGCUGCAGGCCAGAGAUAACCGAGGGAAGCCAAGACGACAGGGCAGAUCUUCCAUCAAGAAUGAACUCAUCAUUCAGAUCAUGACAGAGAGCCAUGAAAUCGACAAUCUGAAGAGGAAGGUAGAAGAUGCCAAGAUGAAGCUGGUCACAGAGAUAAAGUUGAGGAAACAGGCUGCCACAGAGCUGAGGGCCUUGAAGGCUGAGCUGGCCCAGAAGAAGAGCCAGUCGUCUCAUCCUGGUCCUGUUUCCUCUUUGGCCUUUGGAAAUACCAGACGGGACAGACCACAACUUCAAAGCACCUCUAUCUAA